AGAACUCAAUCACAAUGGCCGCCAUUGACAUGUCUCUCGCUGCCUCCCAGCUCACCAAGCGAGCCAACUUCGCGUCCCGGGAACCCGGUGUCAUCGUUGUCUUCGCCAUCGUCGGUGCCGUCGCCAUCCUGGUUAUCGGCCUGCUGAUCUCCAAGAGGAUGGCUGCCCGCAAGGCUGGCGUCGUUUAAAGAUACCCCGUUGGAGAUGGUGGAGGAGCGAGAUUGGAUGAGGAGAGUUGGGGCUGCAGGUCUCAUCGUUACCGGUGCUGCAAUCGCUGAGAUCUGCCAAUGAGCUGGUUGUGGGGACAAUUUUCGCUGGACAAGACGAUCUUCAGCACAUAUUGCGCUGCCCCACGAGGUGUAUAUUGCUUUUGUAUACCACGUUUACCCAUCGAGGAAUGAGCUC